GAAACCCACCGGGGGGAUCCGCAGCAUCCAACGUGCUCAGUCCCCCUCUGGAGCCGGGCGGUGACCUCGGUCCCCAUUCCGGUCCCCUCCCUGCGCCGCCCUAGGGGCUCGGGAUGCCGUUCCCACAGGGUGUUGGUACGUUGCUGUGGCCACCCCAGAGGACGUAGGGCCACGGGGCUGUCGCGGGUUGUUCCGGACACGACGCAAGGGAAGGGGAUGUGGUGCGGCCGCUCGGUGCAGGGGGGUCCCCAGGACAGGUCCCACCGCCCGGUGGCCUUCGGGGCCGGGGUACGGUGCUCGCAUCCCGGGGACGGGACAGCGCGCCUCCAGCAGUGCCGGAUGCCAGCCGAGCUGCACGAGGGUGGCAACAAAAGGCUUGGUUUAUUUAUUUUUUUUCCCUCCUCCCAGGCUGGUGCUCCCCCCAGGAGGAGGAGGUGUGCGGCAGGCAGGAAGCUGGAGGGUUUUGUCCCUCCUCUCCCACCCGAUGAGGCGCCCACCGUGCGCCCACCAUGCGAGGCGUUCCCACCGGUGACUAGCGCGCGGGCGUGGGACCGAGCCACGGCCACCUCCCCCGAGGUCCGGCCUUUGGGGCUGGAGGCCGUUUGUCCCGGGGAACCCCAUCAGCACCUCAACGCGUGCCUGGGCUCCCGUGCGGCACCGAAAUGUCACCACCAGUCCCCAGGGAGGUGCGCUGGGGACGCACGGGGGGACGUCGCCAACGUUGCACUUGAGAGCGGCGUCCUCUCUGACGUUCUGAUAUUUCUGAUGUUCCCGCUGCGGGGCUGCUCCCAGCACUUCUGCAGGUGGGGAGACCGAUCCUGCGCUGCUCCCCGUGCUGUCACCAGUUGUUCUGUGCCACCCUGGGCCAGCUCAGGACCUGGCCCCUGGACAGACCUCGGCUAUUCGGUGCCUCCGAGAUGAGGCUGCCCGCUCGCUCCCCGGGGAGCCGCGUCUCUAAUCAUUAGCCAGUCGGUGCUGGCUUUUCACAGAAGGGCACCUCUGCUUGGAAGCUCGCAGGCUGGCUCCCAGGGCCAGGCUUUGACCCGGGAGCAGCAGGGCAGGGGCUCGUCCAGGCGCCUCGUGCUCGGGAGCUUCGCCAAAACCCAGCCCGAGGAUUUUGGGGACGGGGUUAUUUAUGGGGACAGGGUUAUUUAUGGGGAUGGGGUUAUUCUUGGGCUGACGCGGCAGUGAAGGGAAGUCCGCUGUUCUCUGUCUGGGUCUUUAGUGGCCUCGUAGUGUGAUGGAGAAGCCCUAACGGUAUCUCUGCCCUUUAAUGACUUUGUCCCACGUGAAGGCAGAUCACCCCGGUGCGGCGGGGAGGCAGCGAGGGCUGGGAAGGGGAAGGAGCUGAAGCUCGCGGUGGCCGAGAGGCGCAGAGGCUUUGCUGCGGGGACAGGAAGCUCCGUGGUGGCACGGAGGGGACAUCGGCGCUCCCGAGGGCGGGCUGCCCCGGGGCAAGCAGCACCGUUUCUCUGGGCUCAUGGAGGCAAGGAGGGAGCAGAGGGAGGAUGGAGCUGGUGGCUCCUGUGACCCCAGGGACCCCUGCCUCUCCUGCACGCCCCAAGCCGGGGCUGUGCCUGGCUCGUGAAGCCGCUCACACGGACGAAAUUGGUAUUUGGUGGGGCAGGGAGGACUUGGCCACUCCUUAUAGCAACCAGCGAGUGCGUGUAACGCCUUGACAGGAACAGCUGGAGCAAGCCCGGCUGAAGCAACAGCCCCCGCUUCCUCCCGGCGUGUUCAGGGGGGAAGAGCACGAGAGCAUCGCUUCCACAAAGCGCUGCCCACUUGGCCUCGCAGGGGUAAGCGCGCCGGGCUAUCUGAAGCACUAUUGUUUCCUGUGCUGCCUAUUCUGCUGCUCGGCUUCUAACUUGUUCCUUUAUCUCCUGGAACAAUUUCCCGUCUGACCUCACUUCCUCAGCACUUCGCCUCUCAGCCACAAGCCCUCGAAGCCCCGCCGGAGCAGCGCGUGUGUGCCUGGCACGGGCAGGCUCCCCGUGGCGUGGUGCUCACCAACCAGCUCCAACCUCUUUGCAUGGAAAUUACCCUCCUGGCCGUGCCGUCUGUGUGACUGGAGCACGGAUUGUCACCGUUUCCAUUCCAACGUCCUUCUGCUUUCCGCCUCCUCUGACUUGGGGGCACUCGGAGCUGUUCCCCCCGGGGCUCGCGUUGUGCCAGAGCCUCCGUCCGGGAGCAGAAACGUGCGUGCCUCGGGGCGGGGGGGGAGGGGGAAAGUAAUGAUUUUGGUCCUUGAUGUUUUAAACUGGCAGUGAGCCAUGAGAUUGUCCACCCUGUGGUCCAGUCGGGAGGGAGGAAAACACAGGGGGAAGUGUUUGGCUGAGCACAGCUGGACCCGUGUGGGCUGCGUCACAGCUCAGGUGUGCCUGGGUCCUGUUUUGGCACGGACGGCCUUGGUGCGAGGCCCCCGGCGGCGCUGGGCGCGAGGGAAGCGGCGCCGCUUUGCACAUGCCUCUGCCGUGCACGGCUUGGAAAAGAAAGCGCCAAAACAGAUUUUGGGAAUGAAUGUGGUUUGAACGUGGGCCAGGAACCAGGACCUGUAAAUCUGCGUCUCGCACCGACUUCCCUCGAGGCUACGUAUCUCCUCGCUGCCCUCCGCCUCCCCGGGCGCCGAGCUGGGGAGCGCUUGGGACGCACUGGGGGCUGCUGGGGCUGCUGCAGGGCACGGGGGGCACCUGUGGAGGCAGCGCCCGAAAACCAGCAAAGGGACCCUUGGGUCACAGAGGGGAUGAGAGCGGUGCGCGGAGCAAGGAGGAGAAACCCUGGGGAAGGGGGAUCCGGGUGGAGGUUUUGCUUCAGACCCUACAGAAGCCUGCCCGAGCCCUGCAGCUCCAAGCUAUCUUGGUGUUGUGUGGAGAUGCGGUGAAGCAGCCGAAAUAUCCGUAGUGAAACCCGAAGGUCAGCAGGCUUGCCUCGGUGCUUGGCUGCGUGGGGGAGAGGAUUUUGAGAGAGGAAAAUGAGGAAGCGCAGCUUUCAGCAGCAGUGUGGUCUCGUGAGCCUGUGCUCUGUGCCCAUCCCCUGCCUCUCCCCGUCACCAAACCCCUGCUGUCACCCUGGUGCCAUCGCCGGCUUGGCGACAGCCGUCUUGCCAUGCCUGUCCCCGGGCUGGGGCACAGCAGGGCUGCCCGAGGUGGCGGCACGGGCGCGCCGAGGGCUCUGCAGGGACGAGCAGCGAGCUGGUCCUGCUGGGUCAGCGCCUCCCCCUGCGUGUGACUUGGGGACACUUGUGUCACUUGCCCUCGGUGCUGCCACAAGGCACCGAAACGCCCGUGUGAAGCCCUGGGAAAGGGAGGAGAAAUCUCGCCUUUGCCUCGCCGCCACGGGGCAGCCGGGCUCAGCUCAGCCUCGUGCCCUCCUCCCACACGGGGUCCCCAUGGACACGGGUGCCCCGGCUCGGGGGCAGGGAGCUCUUGGGAAGGGCAGGGUUUGGGGUCCUGAGGCGGGAGGGGACGGCAGGGCAGCCUUGGGUGGGCUGAGCUGGGCGGUCUCCGCUCAGCCGGGGCUAAGCCAUGCCGGGGGGAUGGCACCGGGGUUGGUGCCGCGUAGCCCUGGGCGCAGCGACCUCGCCCGGCCCCAGCAGCUCCCCGUGCCUGUGGGCUGCUGUGUGUCUGAGCAGCCACAUCCUAAAAGUUUCCCCCCUCGCAGCCUGCUCAGCAGAAGCUGGGGGCUGCAGCGCUGCCCGAGUUUCACUGCUCCACCUUGCUUCCCCACCCGCGUGCCUCAGUUUCCCCAUCCAGACCCAGCUGCGCUCACCCAGGGCAAAUGCGACCUUAUGCACGUGGAGUGCUGCUGCUUCCCCGCCAGCAGCCUCCCGGGUGGGACUUUUAAGGGCUUCCCUCCCCAGCUCAGCUGGUUUUGUGCUUGGCUUCUCCCUCCCCAGCUCCGUGUCCCCGCAGCCGCAGGCUCGGGCUGCGCCUUCUGGGGUCUGGAUGCUCCUGGGGCGGAGCCGUGCGGCGGGGAACUUCCCCAAAAUGAAACAAAACAUGGAAAAAAAAAGCAAACACAACAGCUUUCGGAGUCACUCCCUGCUCUGCCGUGCCCUUUCCUUUCCCCGGCUGCCUCCAGCGUGAGAUAAGGGGAGCCCCAGCGGCCCAGGGAGGCUCGGGAAGCUCAGCGUGGGGCUGAGCCCUGCCACCACGGCAGGACGAGAGGCCAGGGGACGGGAGGCCACGUCCUCACAAGUCGGGGACGCUGAGCGGCGGCUGGGCUGCUGCCCGGGGAGCUGAGCUGAGUCCACUGGCAGCCCCCCACAACCCCACGGCCAGGCUGUAGCUGGAAAACGCAGCCCGGGACCAUGGGGAGCAGCAAGAGCAAGCCAAAAGACCCCAGCCAGCGCCGGCGCAGCCUGGAGCCGGCCGACAGCGCCCACCACGGGGGCUACCCGGCCUCACAGACACCCAGCAAGACGGCUGCCCCCGACGCCCAUCGCACCCCCAGCCGCUCCUUCGGGACCAUGGCUGCCGAAUCCAAGCUCUUCGGAGGCUUCAACACCUCCGACACCGUCACGUCGCCGCAGCGCUCCGGGGCGCUGGCCGGUGGAGUCACCACCUUCGUGGCCCUCUAUGACUACGAGUCCCGGACCGAAACGGACCUGUCCUUCAAGAAAGGAGAACGCCUCCAAAUUGUCAACAACACGGAAGGUGACUGGUGGCUGGCUCAUUCCCUCACUACAGGACAGACGGGCUACAUCCCCAGUAACUAUGUCGCGCCCUCAGACUCCAUCCAGGCUGAAGAGUGGUAUUUCGGGAAGAUCACUCGCCGGGAGUCCGAGCGGCUGCUCCUCAACCCCGAAAACCCCCGGGGGACCUUUCUGGUGCGGGAGAGUGAGACCACGAAAGGUGCCUACUGCCUCUCGGUCUCCGACUUCGACAAUGCCAAGGGGCUCAACGUGAAGCACUACAAGAUCCGCAAGCUGGACAGCGGCGGCUUCUACAUCACCUCUCGCACGCAGUUCGGCAGCCUGCAGCAGCUGGUGGCCUACUACUCCAAACAUGCCGAUGGCCUGUGCCACCGUCUGACCACCGUCUGCCCCACGUCCAAGCCCCAGACCCAAGGGCUCGCCAAGGACGCGUGGGAAAUCCCCCGGGAAUCGCUGCGGCUCGAGGUCAAGCUGGGGCAGGGCUGCUUCGGAGAGGUCUGGAUGGGGACCUGGAACGGCACCACCAGAGUGGCAAUAAAGACGCUGAAACCCGGCACCAUGUCCCCGGAGGCCUUCCUGCAGGAAGCCCAGGUGAUGAAGAAGCUCCGGCAUGAGAAGCUGGUUCAGCUCUACGCCGUGGUUUCGGAGGAGCCCAUUUACAUCGUCACCGAGUACAUGAGCAAAGGUGAGCACGGGAGGGACACCGGCUGGCCCGGGGGGGUGGCUCUGCUCUGCCAAAGGAUGCUGACCGCUGUCUUCCUCGCAGGGAGCCUCUUGGACUUCCUGAAGGGAGAGAUGGGCAAGUACCUGCGGCUGCCGCAGCUCGUGGAUAUGGCAGCUCAGGUGGGUUCGUGGUUCCCCUCCCAGUCCCGCGUCCCAGCUCCCGUCAGCUGGGUCGGCCCGGCUGCAGAGCCGUCCCCCCUCGGGGGGCCUUUGUGUCCCCCCCGUGAGCCUCAGUCCCCAUGCCCUGCCCCGCAGAUCGCAUCCGGCAUGGCCUACGUGGAGAGGAUGAACUACGUUCACCGAGACCUCCGGGCGGCCAACAUCCUCGUGGGGGAGAACCUGGUGUGCAAGGUGGCCGACUUCGGCCUGGCGCGUCUCAUCGAGGACAACGAGUACACGGCCCGGCAAGGUGCCAAGUUCCCCAUCAAGUGGACGGCCCCCGAGGCAGCGCUGUACGGCAGGUUUACCAUCAAGUCGGAUGUCUGGUCCUUCGGCAUCCUCCUGACCGAGCUGACCACCAAGGGCAGAGUGCCCUACCCAGGGAUGGUGAACAGGGAGGUGCUGGACCAGGUGGAGCGGGGCUACCGCAUGCCCUGCCCGCCCGAGUGCCCCGAAUCACUGCACGACCUCAUGUGCCAGUGCUGGAGGAAGGACCCCGAGGAGCGGCCCACCUUCGAGUACUUGCAGGCCUUCCUGGAGGACUACUUCACCUCGACAGAGCCCCAGUACCAGCCCGGCGAGAACCUAUAGACCUGGAGCUCCUCCUGGCACCGGAGACCUCGCCGCGGGGCGUGGAGGGCUGGCCUCCCCGCCAAGGGGGCCGUUUUUGCGGAACAGCCCCGGAGCGGGACGGGGCAUCGCCUCUGGUUGCGGCCAGGGGAGGUGCCGGGUGCCCCGUCGCUCGUUAAGACUGCUGGCCCCUGAUUAACGAAGGGGCGAGAGGAUCCCAAGGGUGCUGGCACCAGCUCAGGAGGGCAAGCGGGGCAGCGGGCUGGCGGGGCAUCACCCUGCCCCCCCCGAGAGGCUUGGCUUUUGGGAGGCUUUUUCCCCAGAGAAAUUGGGGGACAGCACCUCCUGCCUCGGACAUGUGGCCACAGCUUCUUGCACCCUCCCUAGUUUAAAAUCACCACGACUUUCCCUACCCCUUCGCCCACCCGUUUUGCUCUGGUUUGCCCAAAGGUGUCCACAGAGACGUUUUGCUGUGGGGAAGGCACAUGCCAGCGCUGGUUUGGACUGGGAUGCAGCUGGAGAGCAGACGUUGCGAGGCACCAGGCCCCACGAUCCCACAGGCCCGUGGUGCCAACAGGACGCUGGCCUUGAGGCUCCUUCCUCCAGUGCCUGCCCGUCCUCGCGCUGGGAGUGGGACCUGGCCCUGCUCGGGGCCCCGCUGCCCGCUCCGUCCCGUGGGACCUCCUGGGCACACAGUCGAGUCUUCCAGCUGUGCCUGUCCCCCGCAGGGCACCACCUCGUCGCUUCUGGGAUCGGCAUCGAGGGGGGGGGACCCCACGGAGCCCUCGCCUGGCCCCCUGCAGCCCCCCCCAGGGCUUCUCCACCCAACGCUGCGCCUCUCCUGGCCACCAACCCCAAAUCGAGACCACGGGGCUGGGGCACGCGACAGAGGCGGCCACUCGGGCUGUGGGAGCAUUUUGGGGGCAAUACUCGUUUUUUGCAACGCGGUUGUCCACUGGUACGUUUCUAGCUGCCUUCCCCACUCCUGCUGCCACCACCCCCUGGGGCUGGGCUGCUGGGGAGCGUUGUGCCACGCAGAUGUCUGCAGGCUCACUGGCUCGCUCCCCAAGCCCUUGGCUGUGUUUCGGAGGUCACUGCUUACCCGUGCCCAGCUUUGCCCCCCCGUUGUCCCCACCAGGCUGAACCCCUGGUGCCGUGCACAGCCCUGGCGCCCACCUUGUACAUAGCCCCCACGUGCCCCCCACCAGCCGGCCAGGUUGCAUGUGGCUUUGUUUUCCUCCUGCCAUCACGCCGAUGUCUCUGUCUGCAUUUGUCCCUAAGCAGAACCCCUCACUGUCCUGGCGUGCGAGGCUGCAGCAGUCAGCACCCCUGUCCUGAGCACCCUCAGUGCCAAAAAUGCCGGUGGGCUGGGUCGCUGGUGUGCAGCAGAGGGAUGCUCGGGGCGUGCGCCCCUGCAGCCUGCUCUCAGCCUGGGUAUUUCAUCCAGGAGCUCAGCGGUGGUUUGUGGCACCCACCAGCUCCUGCGGCUCUGCCUCGGUGGCCCAGCACCCAUGGAAAACCAGGCGAGGAAGGUGCUGGGGCCGCACGCUGCAGCGGGGGGAGAUGCUCCUGCCCCUUGCCUCCGCAGGAGCAGGGCACAGCCGCCGCUGCCCCCCGCUCGCUCCCACAGCUCCCCAGCAUCUUAUUUAUUGAACAAGUUCUGGCUUGGUGGCCCCUUUUUAAUAGUAAAGCCUUCAAACGUGGCACAAAAAGAGAGAUCCUGCCUUUGGCUUGGAGAACAGCAACUGUUUUAAUGGAUUUUUUUAAAACCACCUUGGGACUCGGAGCCUCUCCUUCCCCCAGCACCUUUGCUGUCUGCGUUCGUGCAGGGACUGUCACGCCCUGAGGUCUUCUAGUUCCUGGUCUCGUGGCCAUUUGGCUGAUGGGUCCCAGAGAAGCCCCUUAGUGCUACAAGGGGCAGCCUGUGCCAUAACCACGGGAGGGACACAGAAUCCCCAGCCCCGGGAGAAGGCUCCUAAAUCUCUAAAUCAAUGUGCAGAAGGCGGAUUGGACCCACGAGCUGGGGAGAGAGAAGGCGAAUGCACGUGUUAACGCGUGACCUUUUGUUUUCUUUAGCACGGACAGGUUCUCGUGAGAGAACAGCAGGGCCGGGGUGCUCCCAACCCAGUUGUUUCAUUCCCUGGCACGGCGGAGCAAUAACGCCCCUGCAGCGUCAGCACCGCCCUGGGCUUUCUUCCCUGCCCCGGGGGUUUGACGACAGGGAGAGGCUGGGGGCUUUUCAUGGCAGAAGGCAGUGAAACAACCCAGGAGGAGCACGGCACAGGGCUGGGGAUGUGUGUCUGUGUGUCCGUCUACAUGUCCAUCCAUCUGACCGCGUGUGCGGGGUGUUAGGUGGGACCUGGGGUCCCUGCAGUCCUUGCUGCGGCUGGCCUCAACAAAGGCCACGCAGGCUCAGAGCCUCCCCUCCAUCACCCUCCUGGUCUGCCAAUUUGUUUUCAAAGCCAGUAAUUUAGAGGGGAAUCCCCCCUACCCCACGAUGCUCCUUGGCAUGGAUGCGAUGGGCCAAUGACCCCGUACAAGGUAUUUUCUGCUGGUGUAAUUUUUUUUUUUAAUAGCAUUUUUGUAAGAUCUCCAGACGAGACUAUGCAGAGAACACGUGGAUCUGGUUCUCUCUCCCCAGCUCCCCCUCCUCCCCACCUGCCUUUUUCAGUGUCGAAGUAAAAAUAUUUAGCUUUUUUUUUUUUUUGGAUAAU